AUGUCGGGACGCCAUCUUUUGGGAAGCGAGGAUGUGAGGAUAAUUAAUCAAGCAGUAUCUUAUAACAACCCACGGAUUCUCUCGAACCCACGGAUUCUCUUGAACCCACGGAUUACGAUUACAACAUAUCUCCUCAGCGCCCCCAAUCACCGCUAUCACACACAACGGCCCACUCAUGCUCCGCCCAGUUCCAACCGUAUUUAA